AUGGCCAUCUUAUCACGCCCUACACUUCUACUACUCUGGACUGCAUCCAGCUUUGUCUUCGCCCAGAACGUCGCCACGGGAAUCCAAGCAACAGAACGGGUGGGAUGGGUCGCUAAUGAGACGACCCGAAGCACUUCUCAGAUUAUCUUCUGUUGCGUAUCUAUCUUCCUUGUCUGCUCCUGGGAAUGUGUACACCUGAAUGUACCAAGCAUCGAAGAGAGCGAAGCAGGCUGGUAUAUGUACAGUGGCUGGCUGUAUUACUGGCCCACGGCUCCUCUCCGACGACUUUGGUACCGGAGAUUGGGAUGGGUGGCUUUGAUUGCCAUUGCCCCGGAGAUCGGAGUGGCAGUAGCCUUCGAAGAGCUAAUGGAGGCUAGGAAAACCUUUAGGAGAUAUAAGCAUCUUGGUUUCACCAUGCCCCACGCUUUUUAUGCCUGUAUGGGUGGGUACCGGGUGGCCAUUCCCCGAACCUUUCUCAAUCAGGAUGGUGACACUCGGGAUGGUCCAGCGUUGAUGGCCGGGACUGUACAGGGAGACAACGAGAAUCAUCAAAUUUUAGUGAAAGAUACUAUGGUCGAAAGGAUGUUAUAUUAUAGCCCUCAGCUGACCACCCUAGAGAUACUAGAUGAACUAGGAAUCUUUCCGGCCACUGAGGAAGCUUGCUUACAGGACCGAGGCCUUCCUCUAAUGAAGGAGGAAGACAUUCAUAAUGUUUCGACAUCAGAUGCUGUUAUCAAGGGGUUUGCUUGUCUUCAAUGCGUAUGGCUUAUCAGUUUGGACAUCACGCGUGCGGCUGCGGGUCUGCCCAUCAGUGAGCUUGAGCUGAUGACACUGGCCUUUAUUUUCUGUGCGCUGAUAAUGUACGGCUUGUGGUGGUAUAAGCCGUUCGGAGUCCAACGUGCCACCCUUAUACUCCCUUCCAACCAGGAAAAAGCAAGUAUUGUGCAAGAUAGGCUGGGUCCACCGGGCGCUGAGGGGAGAAGUCAGGGAAUAGGUACUGUGGUUGAAACCUGGCUGGAUUUGCCUCGUUGCUUCUUAUUUGAUCCUUUCGACUGGAAAAGAAGCGAGUAUGAUGAGCCAAGAUCCAUAAUCUGCAACCUCACCUCUCUGGUAUUCUCUGGUUUCCAUCUUGUUGCCUGGAACUGGGAAUUCCCAUCAGACAUGACCCGCAUGCUCUGGCGCAUCUUUAGUCUGACUGCAACAGGAGCCCCCUUGGUCCUGAUGAGUAUUUCAGGAAUCUUGCUUGUUUACUAUGCGACGGGCUCCAGGGUGAGAUAUAGGGCGGCUCUGAAGGUGGUGAUGUAUGGGAUGAGUAUCAUCUAUACCAUCUCACGAGUCGGCUUGAUUAUUUUGGUCUUUUAUUGUUUUUCUUCGAUGCCGGCCGCUGUCUACAAGACAGAGCAAUGGUGUCAUUUCUUUCCCCAUUUUGCUUAACAUAGUAUCGAGAAAGAUAGAUUCAGACAACCAGCUCCAUUCAAAUCGAGACAUUGACUAAGGCAUAAGUCCAGCUUCAUAGAGGUCCUCUUAUCUCAUUUGCCCGAUGGCCGCUAUUGUACAAAGUAGUUGUAGUCCACUGGGAUCAUCGGGCUGGAUGGUCCGUGCUACAGGCCCACCAAUCAGUUAGUAAGCGAAACCCCAAGAUUGGCCAAAUUCAUCAUCAUUUGCAGAACAACUCAUCUUCGAGGGACUGAGCAUAUUGUAGCGCACUCAUCUGGCGUGGCCUGAAUCUACUCCGUACACUAGUGGUCAAUUACCAGAACGUGAUUUGGGAUGGUGGUGGCCAUUGUCUUCAAGAGCCUGGUGUUUAGGAGGGUACUCCGUAGAACAACGACCCUCUGGGUAAAAGGCAACCAAUUGUGUAAGCAUUAUAUGCAGAUUGCUUGUGUAACAUUCUCAGUUGGAUGCCCAAUUACCCC